GCAUGACGCGAUUGACGGCCGCCUCUUCAUCUACAACUCCAAAAAAAGGCGCCGUUGGUUCUCGACUCGGGCGGGUGGCCUGUCACGUCACUGCCCCGCUUGUGAUGUGCGAUUCUAUUCUCUCUGCACGUGCCUGUGUGCGACCUGCACCCCAGCACUCGUUCUCUCUAAUUCACUGCAUGGGCCAUGACGGGGCCAAAUUGCUACGUAGGCUGGUCAGCGCCAGCUAUACUGAACCUUUCUUGCCUGUCAUUCUGUGUUCCACCCAGCUUUGUGGUGCGGCGCCGUUUGGUGCUGUCCGUUCCAGACUUCGCAGGUAGUUACUGUACACGGCCACGGUGCGCGCUCGCUCCCCCCCCCACCUCGCUCAGCGUUGUCGCAUGGGCUAGGAGCACUUGCCCCCCCACAUCUUGUCAACAACACAGCACUUUGCCUACCACGAGACCCUACGAUCAAGAAAGAGCCCUACCUACGGCUCGCGGAGGCGCACAUCCAGGUUCGUCUGCCACAUCUGGUCGCUCGACGAGUCCGACAUGGACUACGAAUCCAGCGGCAACCGGCGCCCCAGCUCGAGGACGCGAGUGUCCCGUCCCACUACGCCGCUGCGACCUUCAUCACGGUCAUCGUUUCGCGACUCUGCCCGCUCCGCCGGCGAUGGGGACACGCCGUUCCCCCUCAACACCUUCGAGCCUGCCUUUGCCGAGCUUUCCGAUGCCAUGGCCGAUCUGGAGGCAAACAUGAUGCACUUCCAGCUCAUGCAUGAAAGCCUUGCCCGGUUUAGCGAGAGCUUUGCUAGCUUCUUAUAUGGCCUCAACAUGAAUGCGUUUUGCGUAGAUUUUCCUGAGGGUCCUAUACCGGAGUCCUUCCGCAGAGAUCGACAGCGCCAGGAAACACGGACUGCGACAGCAGCGCGAGCGGACAAUGAUGUUGAAACCACUUUCAUGACCACCGACACUUCUUUUGUCGAGAAUCCACCAGCGUCAAGUAAGCGAGACAGCAGCGCUACUGCGCCGGAACUGCGACAAUCAAGACUGCCCUACGCCCGGGGGCACUCGACACGAGGAAGAUCCGGCUCUAGAGCACGGGAUCGUGGUAGGGCCAGUGGACUUGCGAGACCACGUGGGCGCGGCGUUCGUUGACCACCCAUGAUGGGGGUUAGAAAUUGUUUUUAGUCCACCCUCCUGUCACGGUGGAGGCAGCGAGGUGCCUAUAUCGAGGUUUGGACUUCGACGGAGCCCAGUCGUCCCCCCCCCCCCCCACCGGGGCGCUUCCUCAAGAUGCCAUAUCAGUGUCUUGUUCCGUCGGUUGGUCGCCUCGUGAUUUAACAGCAGCAGUGCUCAGUUGAGAAGACGCUACUGCACCUGGGAUCCGUUGAAGGUUCGGGUCUGGUUCCUCUCGCAGCUGCUUGAGCCUGAGCGCGUGGGUGUCAGCUUAUCCACGCGGAGAAAAUGCCAUAGAAAUGAACGUAACAACUAAUCGAGGGAGAGAAGAGACAAUAUGCA